AUGACGACACGGCAGCACCUCAAACGCAAAGAGGUGGACGAUGUCAUGGGCGGAGAAGAGAGCUGGAAGAAUGUCGAUUCGACCGAUGCACCGUGUCCCAAAUGUGAGAAUCCCAAAGCGUUCUUCAUGCAGUUGCAGAUCAGGUCGGCGGACGAACCGAUGACCACCUUUUACCGCUGUACAAAUGGGCAAUGUGCGUACCAGUGGAAGGAGAACUGA